UUUCGAGUUUCCUAGUUCCGACUAGCACGUAAACGCGGCAUACGACUCAAUCGCUGAGGUAUGACUCAAGUUAAGAACGUAGUACGUAUGUUAGCAAGGCUAACAUUUCAGCAUUUUAGGGAUCAAAUCAACUAAAGUCGUCGACAAUGGAUGAUCGUGAGCUUGAUCUCACAGAGUCACAGAAAGCUACCAAGUCAAAAUACCCAGCGAUCAACAAGAAGUAUGAAUAUUUGGACCACACUGCUGAUGUACAGCUCCACUCUUGGGGAGACUCGCUGGAGGAGGCCUUUGAGCAGUGUGCCAUGGCAAUGUUUGGGUACAUGACAGAUACAGAGACAGUUGAGCCCAUUGACACAGUAGAAGUGGAGUCAGAAGGUGAUGACAUGGAAUCACUUCUCUUCCACUUCCUAGAUGACUGGUUAUACAAAUUCAGUGCAGAUCUGUUCUUCAUUCCCAGAGAAGUAAAGGUUUUGCACAUUGACAGGAUGCACUUUAAAAUCCGCUCCAUUGGGUGGGGAGAAGAGUUCAGCUUGGUCAAGCAUCCACAGGGGACAGAGGUGAAGGCCAUCACUUACUCAGCCAUGCAGGUCCAUGACAUCGACAAGCCUGAGAUCUUUGCCAUCAUCGACAUUUGAGGAUUUUCUACAGAGGAACUGUCUCAGAAGGGAACAGGACUAUCAGAGCAUACCUCUAUGUGCCUGGAUGAAUGGACAUUUGAUUAAAUAAUUAAGGGCAGUAGCAUAGGUUUUGAUCAUGAGCUUGUGAAGUGUGAUGUUUGCCUCAUCAGGAAGCACACCUGGUCGUAAUACAUGCUGAUUAUAACUGCUCAGAGUAAUCUGGGUGUCUGAGUAGAGUUUACUGAGGAAUGCCAAUAAUUUAGCUUUUUGUUAUAAUUUUUAAGUAUCCCAAAUUAAUCUCAGAAGUUUCAAGACAAGACAGAAUCAUCACACAAAAUCUAGUUUGCCUACUACUAGGGAACUUAAACAUGAAUGUAUACCCCUUCUUGUGGACUAAUACAUAUUUUUGGGAUUAUGUACUGUAUUUUUACAGGUUGAUAUUUCUUAAAGCAUUUCAAUUGCCGCACCUCUCAGUGGUAAAGAUACCUAAAGGAUUCAUGCUGGGCACUACUCAUUGUAAAUAGUCAAAUCACAAAUUACCUUGUAAUAAAACCUUUUCCACACUUCAA